GGGAAACUGGGAGCCACCUCCUUUCUCUCUCUCUCCUUUUGUGGGCGUGUUCAACUUAAUGUAUCUCUGUCGUUUAUGUUAUUUUGUGGUGAGACACUUGUGAACACCUGACUGCUCACAACAGCGCUUCAGUCUUUCACCACGAUGCAGAGGUGGGUUGUGUUCUGUUGGGUUCUCCUGGCCCUGGUUGCUGCUGAAGACUGUCCAGAUGGAGGGAGAUGUGAAGAAGGUCAAACCUGCUGCAAUGACCCGGCUAACGGCUAUGAAUGCUGCCCGUUUGAUCAGGCUGAGUGCUGUGGGGAUCAUACUCACUGCUGUCCUGCGGGUACAGUCUGCGAUGCAGCCAAAUCCAGCUGUGUGAACGCUACUGUGUCCAUCCCCUGGGUGGAAAGAACCUCAGCUGAUCAGCCUAGACUCUCCAAAUCCUUCAGGAUGAUCAAGACGUACAUGGGGGAGGAAGAUGACAACAUCUGUCCUGAUCAAUCACGAUGUCCACCUGAGUUUUCCUGUCUGAGGGCUUUGACGAGGUUUGGCUGCUGUCCCAUAGCUCAGGGAGUCCCCUGCUCUGAUGGCAAACACUGCUGUCCUGAGGGCCACCAGUGCAGUGUAGACAGCCGGUCCUGCAUCAGAAAAGAGGUUAUGACUACAGUUCUGUGCAGCGAUGGAGUGUCAGAGUGUCCAGAUCAAACCACCUGCUGUGAGACCCUGGAGGGCAAGUGGGGAUGCUGCCCCAUGCCAAAGGCUGUGUGCUGUGAGGACAAGGUGCACUGCUGCCCUGAGGGGAGCUCCUGUGAUGUCGAACACUCCAAAUGUAUUUCCUUGUCCACCAAAAAACAGGUGCCAAUGUGGGCCAAACUCCCUGCCAGGAUAAGAGCAGAGUGGGAGAACAAGAAAGAGGAUGAACAAGUGACUGCAGAGGAAGCAAAUAAUGGAGCAUCUCACAAAGCCCCAGAGGUCACCACAGCGACUACAGAACCCCCGUCAGGUAAUGAUGUCCCCUGCAAUGAAACAGUAGCCUGUCAAGAUGGUACCACAUGCUGUAAAACCAAAGAGGGAGGCUGGGCUUGCUGUCCACUACCAGAGGCUGUUUGUUGUGAAGAUUUUAUACACUGCUGUCCAAAAGGUAAGACGUGCAACCUGGCUGCUCAGACCUGCGAGGGUGAGUCAGGCUCCAUGCCGUGGCUCGAGAAGGUGCCGGUGAUCCCCAGGCAGGACGUACAAGUGGGGGAUGUUCCAUGUGACUCCACCUCCAGUUGUCCAGAUGGUACCACAUGCUGUAAAACCAAAGAGGGAGGCUGGGCUUGCUGUCCUCUACCAGAGGCUGUUUGUUGUGAAGAUUUUAUACACUGCUGUCCAAAAGGUAAGACAUGCAACCUGGCUGCUCAGACCUGUGAGGGUGACUCAGGCUCCAUGCCGUGGCUCGAGAAGGUACCUGUGAUCCCCAGACAAGGUGUACAAGUGGGGGAUGUUCCAUGUGACUCCACCUCCAGUUGUCCAGAUGGCACCACAUGCUGUAAAACCAAAGAGGGAGGCUGGGCUUGCUGUCCUCUACCAGAGGCUGUUUGUUGUGAAGAUUUUAUACACUGCUGUCCAAAAGGUAAGACGUGCAACCUGGCUGCUCAGACCUGCGAGGGUGAGUCAGGCUCCAUGCCGUGGCUCGAGAAGGUGCCGGUGAUCCCCAGACAAGGUGUACAAGUGGGGGAUGUUCCAUGUGACUCUACCUCCAGUUGUCCAGAUGGUACCACAUGCUGUAAAACCAAAGAGGGAGGCUGGGCUUGCUGUCCUCUACCAGAGGCUGUUUGCUGUGAAGAUUUUAUACACUGCUGUCCAAAAGGUAAGACAUGCAACCUGGCUGCUCAGACCUGCGAGGGUGAGUCAGGCUCCAUGCCGUGGCUCGAGAAGGUGCCGGUGAUCCCCAGACAAGGUGUACAAGUGGGGGAUGUUCCAUGUGACUCCACCUCCAGUUGUCCAGAUGGUACCACAUGCUGUAAAACCAAAGAGGGAGGCUGGGCUUGCUGUCCUCUACCAGAGGCUGUUUGUUGUGAAGAUUUUAUACACUGCUGUCCAAAAGGUAAGACGUGCAACCUGGCUGCUCAGACCUGUGAGGAUGACUCAGGCUCCAUGCCGUGGCUCGACAAGGUGCCUGCGAUCCCCAGGCAGGACGUACAAGUGGGGAAUGUUCCAUGUGACUCCACCGCAAGUUGUCCAGAUGGUACCACAUGCUGUAAAAACAAAAAGGGCCUCUGGGCUUGCUGUCCUCUACCAGAGGCGGUCUGCUGUGAGGACCAUGAAACCUGCUGCCCUAAGGACACCACCUGUGACGUGGCCACCAAAAGCUGUCACAACACUACAGGCUCAACACCCAUGAAACAGAAGAUACCCGCAUUUUCCACGGUGGCUUCCGCUACAACCCAGAGUCAGGUAACAAGCUCGACGCAAACAGAGGACGAGAGGAAGGAGCCUGAGGAGGACGAGGGGACGAAAGCACAGGAGACCGAUGAGGAGGAAGACAAGAGGGAGGAGAAUAAAGAAGUGGAGGGCAAGAUUCAGUGUGACGCCCACACCAGCUGCCCUCAGUACACCACCUGCUGCUUCAUGGCCUCGGCUCAUAAGUGGGGCUGUUGCCCACUGCCAGAGGCAGUGUGCUGCGCUGAUGGGAACCACUGCUGCCCCACCCACUACAAGUGCGAUGAGCGCAAGACCUCCUGCGUCAAAGGAGAAGUGGUGAUACCGUGGUACACCAAGCUUCCAGCCACCACCAGUGUUCAGGCUGACCCCACAUCCGUGCCAUGUGACCGUUUGAAUCAAUGCCCCGAGCACACCACCUGCUGCCGGCUCUUCACGGGCGAGUGGGGCUGCUGCCCGAUGAAGAAUGCUGUGUGCUGCCCAGAUAAGGAGCAUUGCUGCCCGCAGGGCUACACCUGUAACAUCGCCUCGAAGUCCUGUCAGAAGCUCAUCAUGCUGCAGCUGGAGACUGUCCCACUGACUCCGGUGUACCUGCCUGAGUAUCAGCCCCAGCCUGGUCCUCUGAAGCACAGAGCCAUCCAGUGUGAUGAACACGUCAGCUGCACGGAUGAAGAGACCUGCUGCAGGAUGUCCGCCACUACAUGGGGCUGCUGUCCAUCUCCUAAUGCGGUGUGCUGCAGCGACAUGAAGCACUGCUGUCCCAGCGGCUACACCUGCACUGAAGGUGGCUCCUGCACCCAGAACACCGGGCUUCAAUGGCACAACUGGCACAACUGGCACGUGUUCCUCGCCAACAAGAAGAGAGCUCUAAUUGUGUGAAAACAACACCCCUGUACUGUCAUUUAACUUUGCAUGCAAUGCACUAACAGAAGAUAAUGUAAAGGGAAUUAAUAAUCAUUUUGAAAUGCUUUGUUCAUAGGGGACAGUGGUAAAUGGUGAAGGGAAUAUUGAAUUGCACUUCAGGUUUUUAACUUCUGUGAUCUUGGAGUCGCAACUUUCUAUCUACAAGUGUCUGUUUCAUGUCUGACAUGUAAUGUUCACAGGUUAUGAGCAUGCGGGUGAUUGAUUUUGAAAACAAGAUAGAUCCUCGUUAUUCCAAGCUCACAGUUUGCUACUUGAAACUCUACUCCAUACAUAAAAAAAAAAUCAAACUCUCCACAGACACAUGAUUUUCUUCACUGUCAGUCACCUAUUCUUUAACUGUAUGUUCUGCUUAAGCUGCCUUUUGUUGCAAAGUACACUCCUCUAUCAUUAAUUCACAGUCUGAGGCAUAGUUUAAUGUAUUUCCUUUUCUAAUCUUGUAUGUGAUAAAUAUGAACUGCUGUGUGAUUCCACCUCGUGACGACAGGACAGUUAAAGCUGCUGAAGUGUUGUUUUCUGUUCAGUCUAAGAUUUUCACACAUUUAUAAAUGUGCAGCACUUGGUUUAUUUGAGUGUUCGUCUCAUUUUGUGGCAUCUGUAAUGACUAAUUCAUGUUUCAUCUUCCAGGAAUGAUCAUAAGUGUUUUAAUUGUUUGCAUCUUGUGUUAAUUUUGGAUUUAGCACAUGCCAUGAGGCAAACAUGCUUGGUGCAGCUUAAAGCCUCUUGGGAAGUCAGAGAGGUCUCUACAUGUUCCAUGAAACCAAUAAACAAGAUAUGAUGUUAAA